CGAAUUCGCUUUGCUCUCCCACUCGUCAUUCUUGUAAACACACGUGCUGGAAGUGAUCGCAAACCAAAAAAUUGCUAUUUACGAUUCUCUCAGUGAAAUUCAAACAAUUUACCAUGAAAAUUAAUAAAAAAGCGCCUACCAAGAGUGUUAAAAAGACGGCCGAUGUAGUGGACAAAAAGUACGACCUGAUCAAAACCAUUAACGAAGAUGAAGAAGUGGAGGAUCUCUCGGAGGAAUCGGACGUUGAGGUUGAGUAUCAACCCACCAAGUUGAAGAACCAAAAGAAGGGCGACUUCGACAAUGACUUCAAGUUCGUCUCCUCAGUGAGCGAAUACAAUCACGACACAUGGGAUGACCUGAUGAAGUACGUUAAGAAAAAGAAUCGCGGAAAGGUGGAAGACAAGAUUGCGGGCGUUAUCAAAGGUCGUUCUAAGGAGAAUGCGGAAAUGCUGGAAGAAGCGGACGACCACGACCCGAAUUCGUACCACGACGAAGUUGACCUAUCCGAUGAUGAGCUGAAGCACGACGUCAUGCGAGUGAAGGAGAAAAAGGGCCGAAAACGUGAGAUUCCCACCGACAAUAAGGUCGAAAUCGAGGAUGAGGAAGACGAACCGCAGGACUUUUUCGAAGAAGCCGGUGGCAAUGAGGAAAUAUCUUCGUUCUACCAAAUGAACCUUUCUCGUCCACUGAUGAAAGCGAUCGGAGUGCUUGGCUACAUAUACCCUACACCUAUCCAGGCUGCAACUAUUCCGAUAGCUCUGCUGGGAAGAGAUAUCUGUGGUUGUGCCGCCACUGGAACUGGUAAAACCGCUGCCUAUAUGCUUCCUACGUUGGAACGCUUGCUGUACAAACCUAGUGCAGCUCAGGCGGUCACCAGAGUGUUGGUCCUUGUGCCAACUCGUGAAUUGGGGGCACAGGUCUAUCAGGUCUCCAAACAGCUGACACAGUUCACCAGCAUUGAAGUCGGCAUUGCCAUUGGAGGUUUGGACGUGAAAGCGCAAGAAGCCGUGCUCAGAACUAAUCCGGACGUCGUAAUUGCCACGCCUGGCCGUUUGAUCGAUCAUAUAAAGAACACACCCAGCUUCUCAUUGGACUCGAUUGAGGUACUAAUUCUGGAUGAGGCUGAUCGAAUGUUGGACGAAUAUUUCGCCGAGCAAAUGAAAGAAAUUAUUCAAAGCUGCAGCAAAACUCGCCAGACAAUGCUGUUUUCUGCGACAAUGACCGAUCAAGUAAAAGAUUUAGCAGCGGUAUCGCUUACGAAACCAGUCAAAGUUUUCGUUAAUAAUAACCAAACAGUAGCAUUCAACCUACGCCAAGAAUUCAUACGAAUUCGUGAAGGUCGUGAGGCGGAUCGUGAGCCACUUCUGGCUGCGUUGAUCUGCCGUACCUUCCACGAUCAUUGUAUGGUGUUUGUCCAAACCAAGAAGACUGCCCACAGAUUACGAAUUCUUCUUGGGCUGCUGGGAGUCAAAUCUGGAGAGUUGCAUGGGGAUUUAACUCAGUCCCAACGAUUGGAAUCUUUGAAGCAAUUCAAAGAUGAACAAGUAGAUGUUCUGAUUGCAACAGAUGUGGCAGCUCGAGGCUUGGACAUAAGUGGUGUUAAAACCGUUAUCAACUUCGUUAUGCCAAUCACGAUGGAACAUUACAUCCAUCGAGUGGGACGAACAGCUCGUGCCGGUAAAGCUGGUGUUUCCGUUUCUUUGGCUGGAGAACUGGAACGAAAAAUUGUCAAAGACAUAAUCAAAAAUGCAGUAAGUCCGGUCAAAAAUCGUAUAAUUCCGACCGAGAUUGUCGAUAAAUAUAGGAAAAAGGUGCUUGCUUUGGAAGAGGAAAUCGAAAAAGUCUUGUGUGAGGAAAGGGCUGAAAAAAUGCUACUGCAAACGGAACAGCAACUGAACCGAACAGAACGGAAAUUGAAAGGUGUUGUGAGUGGACCCAGUCGCGAAUGGUUCCAAACCCAUCAUGAACGAAAGGAGGAAAAGGAGCGCCUUUCUGUGAAGAAUGGCGACGAGAAUGAAAAACGUAAGAAAAACAAGAAACGUAAGCGUGGAGACGACAGCGACGACGAAUUUGACCCUAUCAAAUAUCAGCAAGAGAAAAAGCAGAAGGUGGCAAAGAAAAAGGCAGAGGUACACAAAACGCCCAGCCAGUUGGCAAAGGAGCGUGCUUUACAGGAGUUGACCAAAGUGUCCCUUGUGCAGGCCAAGUUGGCCAAGAUCAAAAAUCGUCCUUCACGAGUCACUGCUGCAGCUGAUGACGAUGACUUCGGAAAAGGCAAAAACAAUUCAAGACAAAAGAAUAAAAAACGAUUGUCUCGUUUCGAGAAAGACCUCACCGACACCAGCAAAAAGGGUGUGAAGAAAUUACGAUAUGAUGCCACUAAGAAACAAAAAAUGGAUAAGUUCGACAAGGGCAAGAUGUCCAACAUGAAGAUGAGUGCGGAUAAAUUCCGCAACAAAAAAGGCCUUAACAAGUCGAAUAAGGGCAAAUCUUUUGGACCAAAGCAGUCCAGAAAAGGAAAGCAUUGAUUCUUUUUGUACAAAUAAAAACUAUGAUUAAUAAAUACAUAAUGAUAAAUCUUGCUAUAAUA